AUGGCGCUAUUUACGAGUACCGCCACUCUAGUGAAUGCUUUCAGCCAAUUCGUUAACCCGAUUGCACUCCAGGCUAUUGCAUGGCGCGUAGUCUUGAUAGACAUCGAAUUUACCGAGUUAUCUUCCUCUUUUAUUGCUUCCUUUGGUCUUAAAUUACACACCAGGCAAGAUUAUCUUGAUGAUCCGGUCCUGUUUGGCAUUCUUGCUUUCAAUUUUCAGGAGCCUUCCAAUAUCGGAAUUGCGUUGUAA